CGGGCCGGCGCGGGGCCUUGUGGGAGGGCUUAAGGAAGUAAAAUGGCGGACCUGGCGAACGAAGAAAAGCCUGCCAUUGCUCCGCCCGUCUUUGUGUUUCAGAAGGAUAAAGGACAAAAGUCCUCUGCAGAGCAAAAAGGCUUGUCGGAUUCGGGAGAGGAGCCUCGGGGGGAGGCUGAGGCCCCCCACCAUGGCAUGGGUCACCCCGAGUCAGCUGGUGAGCAUGCCCUAGAACCUCCUGCCCCCGCUAGUGCUUCAGCCAGCACUCCUCCGCUUCCCGCUCCUGAAGCCCAGCUUCCUCCUUUUCCACGAGAACUGGCAGGGAGGUCAGCUGGAGGCUCCAGUCCCGAAGGUGGUGAAGAUUCUGACCGAGAAGAUGGAAAUUACUGCCCUCCUGUCAAGCGAGAAAGAACGUCCUCUUUAACCCAGUUCCCACCUUCACAGUCAGUAUCCAAAAACAAUGUUUUUAUGCCAUCAACCUUCUGCGAGUCUACUGCAGGCAAUUCUGACUCAGAACCAGAGGAAAAGAGCAGCGGGUUCCGAUUGAAGCCCCCGACGCUGAUCCACGGCCAGGCACCCAGCGCAGGUCUGCCAAGCCAGAAGCCCAAGGAGCAGCAGCGGAGCGUGCUUCGCCCGGCAGUGUUACAAGCUCCGCAACCGAAGGCGUUGUCACAGACCGUCCCUAGCAGCGGCACCAAUGGGGUCAGCAUCCCAGCAGACUGCACGGGGGCAGCAACAUCAGCACUACCCGACAAUACCACACGGAGAAGUCCCUCUGACUCUGCUGAAGAGGCACACACACUUGAGGAGAAAGAGCCCCAGAAAAAUGAGUCUAGCAAUACGUCUGAGGAGAACUGUGAAAAAAAAGGACAAGUUGCACAGCAGACAUUUAUAUUUGGGCAGAACUUGAGGGACAGGGUUAAGCUAAUAAAUGAGAACACUGACGUAGCUGACGUGGAGAAUGCCGGACACCCCAGUUCAGAAACGCCUACUGCAACAAACUAUUUCCUUCAGUAUAUCAGCUCCAGUUUAGAGAACUCGACCAAUAGUGCCGACGCCUCCAGCAACAAAUUCAUAUUUGGCCAGAACAUGAGCGAGCGAGUUUUGAGCCCCCCAAAAUUAAAUGAGAUCAGUUCAGAUGCCAAUAAGGAACACGUAGCUGCCGAGUCCGGAUCAGAGUCCUCUUCCCAGGAAGCUACCCCUGAGAAAGCAAAUAACAUUUCAGAGUCCCUGGCUGAGUCAGCAGCCGCCUACACCAAGGCAACAGCACGGAAGUGUUUGCUGGAAAAAGUGGAAGUCAUUACCGGGGAGGAGGCAGAGAGCAACGUGUUACAGAUCCAGUGUAAGCUGUUUGUCUUUGACAAGACCUCACAGUCGUGGGUGGAGAGAGGCCGGGGGCUGCUGAGACUCAACGACAUGGCAUCAACCGAUGACGGGACGUUACAGUCCCGACUAGUGAUGCGGACUCAGGGCAGCCUGAGGCUGAUCCUCAACACCAAGCUGUGGGCCCAGAUGCAGAUUGACAAGGCCAGCGAGAAGAGUAUCCGCAUCACGGCCAUGGACACCGAGGACCAGGGUGUGAAGGUCUUCUUGAUCUCGGCCAGCUCCAAGGACACGGGCCAGCUGUAUGCAGCCCUGCACCACCGCAUCCUGGCCCUGCGCAGCCGUGUGGAGCAGGAGCAGGAGGCCAAGGUGCCCGUCCCCGAGCCUGGGGCCGCCCCAUCCAACGAGGAGGACGACAGUGAUGAUGACGAUGUCCUGGCUCCCUCAGGAGCCACUGGCACUGGCGACGAAGGGGAUGGGCAGACAACCGUGAGCACAUAGCGGCCGGGAGCCUGGCUGCACGCGAGGCUGCUGCUUUGUCCGUCUGUCCGCCGCCCGCCCGCCCCCUCCCCGCAGGCAGCGUCGAGGCGUGGGGCCCGGGAACCAUAUGCCCCGCCGGGUUGGCCACAGUCUGGACCCGCACGUCCUGUUGAUAAGCAGACUCGGGAACUGCCUGAAUGUGGCUUGGGACACGAGACCUCAUCAUAUUGAUGAGCAAAACAAAAAAGAACAUUUCUUCCCUGCCCUCCUUUGAAUUGAAAUGGCACAUUAAGACUUGUCAUGGCUUCUCACUGGGAAUGGGAGACCUGGUUUCUUCACCCCUCGUGUUGUGAGCCUCUGGGUCCAGCCGGAGCUUCAGCCUCACCACCGCCUCCUGCCCACACCCAUCCCUCUAUGUCAUGGAGUCCUGCCCUGUGGGAAGCAGCUGGCCCUCUGCACCCCAGGGCUCACCCCUUCCUACCAGCCGAGGUCCCUUGUCUCAGGCCUGGGACCCCUAGCCCAGGCCAUGGGGUCUGCUCACAGAAGUGUAAACACUGGGCCUGUUGGACAUUUCGUUAACUACUAUUUUUAUUUCCCGUUUCCCCUAUUCUGAUUUGGGGUUUAUAUUUUACAGAUUUUAUUUUAUUUUUUUUUUAUUUUCAAAGGCUUUGUUUUUGGUUUCUUAGCUUAAGAUGCUCUGGUGCGCUGAGCAGACACAGCUCCUUCGAGGUCCCUGUUCUUGUGGUCCUGGCCUCUGAGCUGGCGGAGAGGGUGUCACCAGGCCCCCACUGUUCACCCUGGUUUCCUCCAGACCAAGUCAUAGGGUACUGAGGCGUUGGGCCUAUCAGGCCUAGAUCUGGAGAGUGCCUGUCUGGGAAAAGAUCCCUGGAAGGGUCCCCAGGGUCCCCUACCAUCAUCCUCCUUGUCCACAUCAUGUGGUUCACGCAUCAUCAGGCACCCGGGCAAAAACCUGCUUCCUGCUGUUGGCCAUUCAUUUCCCAACACUGGCAUCACUGCCCCCAAAACUUUCCAGGGCUGGGGGCCUCUGUAGGAGGCAGAGGGCGACCCUAGCCAGGACUUCACUGAGGAGCCAGGGGGCUGGGCCAGACAGCAGGCUGUCCCACACACACGCAGCACGCACAGGAGUGGCACCAUGCCCACCCCCACCCAGGAGUGUGGUCAAGAGCCAGCCGGCACCGCCCACCCUGUCCCACCCUUGGAGAGUUGAAGAGAAGGCCUCGUUUCUCCAGCUGUGCUGCCCACACCUCCAGGGUCUUUGGCUGGCACUGCCCAGCCCCCGAGCAAGCCUGAGCCAGGGAAGACACCAGAGACCCUCCCAAGAGAUCCGGUCACACUUCUCUGCUUUAAGCCUUAGCCAACUAGUGACAAGUAAAACCAGAUAACGCCCAUGUGUUUUGGAACAUUUAUGUAAGAUUGUCAUAUGAAAUGUAUUUGGGAACUACAUUAAAACUUUUAACUAAA